GGGGGCGGCGGGCGCGGCGCUGCUCCCUCAGCGCCUCGGCGGGAGGCGGCGGCGGCGGGGCCCGGCCGGGGCCGGCCGAAGGCGAAGCUUUGGGGUGAGGGGAAAAAGGGGAAAAAAAGCUCCCGAAAUGGCGUCGUGCGUGGGCAGCCGGACCCUGAGCAAGGACGACGUGAACUACCGGCUGCACUUCCGCAUGAUCAACGAGCAGCAGGUGGAGGACAUCACGCUGGAGUUCUUCUACCGGCCGCACACCAUCACCCUGCUCAGCUUCACCAUCCUCAGCCUCAUGGCCUUCGCCUUCACCAGGGAUGAUUCUGUCCCAGAGGAAAAUAUUUGGAGGGGUAUCCUCUCGGUGAUUUUCUUCUUUCUAAUCAUCAGUGUUCUAGCUUUUCCCAAUGGACCUUUUACACGCCCCCACCCUGCAAUAUGGCGAAUGGUUUUUGGUCUCAGUGUGCUCUAUUUUCUGUUCCUGGUGUUCGUGCUCUUCCUUAACUUUGAGCAGGUAAAAGCAGUGAUGUACUGGCUGGAUCCUAAUCUUCGGUAUGCCACAAGGGAAGCAGAUAUUAUGGAGUAUGCUGUGAACUGCCAUGUUAUCACUUGGGAGAGAAUCCUCAGCCACUUUGAUAUAUUUGCUUUUGGGCAUUUUUGGGGCUGGGCUAUGAAGGCUCUGCUGAUCCGCAGCUAUGGGCUGUGCUGGACUAUUAGCAUCACCUGGGAGCUCACGGAGCUCUUCUUCAUGCACCUUCUGCCUAACUUUGCUGAAUGCUGGUGGGAUCAAGUCAUUUUGGACAUCCUGCUUUGUAACGGGGGUGGCAUCUGGUUGGGCAUGGUAGUUUGUCGUUUCUUGGAGAUGAGGACCUAUCACUGGGCAAGCUUCAAGGAUAUUCACACAACCACAGGGAAAAUCAAAAGAGCUGUGUUACAGUUCACCCCAGCCAGCUGGACCUACGUCCGCUGGUUUGACCCUAAGUCUUCAUUUCAAAGAGUGGCUGGAAUCUACCUUUUCAUGAUCAUUUGGCAGCUGACUGAGUUGAACACAUUCUUUUUGAAACAUAUCUUUGUGUUCCAAGCAAGCCACCCUUUAAGCUGGGGGAGAAUUCUCUUCAUUGGAAUCAUUACAGCACCCACUGUAAGGCAAUACUAUGCCUACCUCACAGAUACGCAGUGCAAGAGGGUGGGAACUCAGUGCUGGGUGUUUGGGGUUAUUGCUUUCCUUGAAGCCAUUGUAUGCAUAAAGUUUGGACAGGAUCUUUUUUCCAAAACACAAAUACUGUAUGUUGUGUUUUGGCUUCUCUGUGUGGCCUUUACAACUUUCCUGUGUUUAUAUGGAAUGGUUUGGUACGCAGAAUACUAUGGCCACCGAGAAAAGACCUUAUCAGAAAGUGAAGACAGCCCGUACAGUCCAGAUGCUUCCUGGCUUCAUUCUAAAUUCAGCAGAGCAGGUGCUGACAAUAGCCCACCAAAACCUACGGUCAAUAGUGAAAGCCAUUCAUCUCGAAGGAGGAAUCGGCACUCCAAAUCAAAAGUAACGAAUGGAAUUGGCAAGAAAUAAGAGAGGUGUCUGAAGAUACUCUGCGAUGUGAUUAGAGAUGACAAAGAAAAUCAGACCUGGUUCUGAGUUUUCAAAUGGAAGAUUGAUUAUUAUUUUUUUUGUUAAUUUAAAAUUUAAAAAGGUGUUGAAGAAAAGGAUGGUCAAGAGGGAGCCACCAGUGUUGUGCAACUCAUCACCUGCCGAUACUUGCCAUUCACUGAUUUAGACCUAGUUUCUUCAGCAUGUGGCAACAAAAGCUAAUGAAGAGUAUGCUGGAAAGAAAUACAAUUUAGUCAUAGCAGGUACACCCUGUUCUGUGUUCAGGUGUUACAAGCGCAUUGUAAUAUUGUAGCUGAGGACAUAAACAUGAAGGUUAGUAAACUGAUAAUCAGUUUGCAUGGUUGAUUGGAUUGAUUUGUUUCACUGUGUUUUUGUUGUUUUCUAGAAGAGUAUGCAAUCUUCUGACUAAAAGCCACUGCCCAUCUUUCUCACAACUAAACUUUUCUAUACGACAGUUAGUAAAUAUUUAAAAUUUCCACACUCGUAGCCAGCUGCUUGCUUUUAUUUAAAGGCUCUACAGACCUGGUGACAGUGUUUUACCAGCUGAGAAAUGGGUCCAGGUUUCUUGUAAAUGAUGUGAAAUUGACCUUCAAAUAUCGUUCUUUUGUUCUGUAUUGUCCUUCUGCUUGACUGUUACAUAUUCUAUUUCUUUAAACGUUUUAAAAUCCUUGUAUAAAAACCUGUUGCAAAAUAGAGAGGGCCGUGCCUCCUGCCCUCAGAGACAGAUAUCUCAUUUAGUUGGUUUUCCUUCUUUACUGCAGCAUUUUGUAUCUUCAGGUGCAAGUCUGCCAUUCUUUCAGCUGCGUCACAUUGCAAGUGUUUCUCCUUCUCCCUUUUGAUUUGCCUCUGCCUCAGCUGGAACCAAGAAAUCCCAGCUCCUUCAGACUGAAAGCAGAAACUGCUUUGAAGGCUCCGGUGCCCUACCAAGCCUGAUGAUAAGGCAGGCUUGUGUUUGUUUGUUUGUUUUUUUUGCUGGAGCCCAAUUGCUUACUACUUCUGUGAACAUAAUUAUUUGUAAAGACUUGCUGUAGUCUUUGGUGUCUGAGAACUAGCAUGAUAUUACCGUGAUACUCUGCCUUGGCUUGUAUAUCCUAUCAUGCAGUAGGACACCCAACAGCAAAGUGACUCUUUCAUGCAGCUUUUUUUCUUUUCUUUUUCUUGGGGGGGAGGAUGAGGGAUUUGAAAUAUUAAAUCCAAUGUCUAGUAACGUGGAUAACGCUCCAGGUGUGAACAUAAUGAUUAAAUCAAGAGGUAAACAAUCAAGAGCAAUCUGUUCCUGUAUUAAGUUAUCAAAAUGUUUUUGUGCCAAUUAAAUUUGGGGCUGAUAGAGGUAGGUAGUUUAAGUAAGGGUAAUACCCUUAGCCACUAGUCUUCAGAAGAACCUGGGCUUUUCUUUUUCUAUUAAUAAGUUACUUUGAUUUGCCACAGAGUAACUACUAAAGAAAAUACAGCAGAGACUUUAUACAAGUGUAUGAUACUGUAAAUAGGAGAAAAAAAGUAUCCUGUGUAAUCCAUGAAUUCCCGUGCGCCACAGAUGAUGGACAUUUUCAAUGCACUUAACUGUUGCUGCUGAACUCCUCAAAGGCCCUUUGUUCCCCACCCCCCUUUUCAAUCAAGUAAGUGUACAACUUCAGAGGUGACACAGUGGAAGCUGCUAGAUCAGCAUCGCUACAGUGACAUUAAAUGUUACGUGGGAAAAAGAGAUAGGAAGACUUUCAGGCUUUCCUGCAACAACUUGGUUUUCAUUCAUAUUAGCAGAUCCAUGUAUUAUUGUCUCCUUAUUUGUGGUGUGCUGCGUAUUGAUGAAUGUAUCUGUAGGUUUCUUUGGCUAUUCAGCUCAUUACUUUGUUAUUUUCUUGGUUAAUAAGUCAGUCUGUGUAAGACUGAAGAAUGACAUUGUAAAUUUUCUAUUGAUUCAAUACCAAAGCAAGAGGUUGGAAGCCGAAUGGUUUCGGUAUAGUAAGUACUGUAGUUGUGCAAGGUGAGAGCCGGUUUUGUACUUGCACGGUGUAUGCACACCAGCUGUAUCUACAACACUUACGUGUGCAAGCAGAUGCUGAAGUACACCGUCUGUGGGGACAAGCACACCUUUUGUAAUGGCAGACCUGGUGCUUACACUGCUGCACUGCACCCUAAAUACUCAAAAGGCAAAUACAAAGUGUUGUCUUGUUGGAAACUGACUUCUCUAUGCUGUUACAACAGCGCUGGCCUUGAAGAAAUGUUGUUUGACAACAUCUUUUUAAAUAUUUCCCAUGAUUUUUGUUUGUUUGUUUGUUUUUGCUACUCUGAAAGAGGGAGGGCUAGGGUGAGGGGAAACAAGUAAACUCUUCAAGUGCUGCUUGGAAAAUGGUAUUUCCUGUCCUCUGUCAACAGUUCUGCCUGGAAUUCACACGUGUUCUCACAAGUCCUCUGCUGACUGACAACUGUAUUUUCAGCUCCAUCGUCUCUGGAUGUGAGCUUUGCACUAGCAGGCAUUGGAAAGGUGCUUUUGAUCACUGCUGUAAACUUCAGGUGAUCCCAAUUUUAUCAUUUUACUACGCUAUUGCUGAAUUUGGUGUGUGUGCGACACCUACAAUGACAAAUCACCAAGCUGUUUAGCAACAAGCAUCCAUGUAUGAGUUCUGCUGCUUGAACAGUAUUUUGUAAUAGUCACAGAUGCCCUGUCCUGUUUUUAACUACUUAUUCUGCCUCAGCAUCUCCUCCUUGCUCUCCUGCUUCUGAUGUUCUUUCUCUGUCCUCGGGUGAUCUCCCCUGCUGCCAGUGAGAGAUCUGAGUUGGCCCUCCAGAGGCUGUCCGUCAGCGAUGUCAGUCAUUGAAGGGAGGCUAAUUCGGGGCAGCAGGGCAUAAGCGGAGGGUUGUGGCAAGAACUUUGUGUAGUGGACUAAAUAAAAAUGAAGAGUUUUAAGGUGCAGGCAUAAAGUGAGCCAGUGCUAGCCUGGAGUACUGGAUUCUAGUACGGGAGUUGCUGUAUAGAUUAUAUACAGCAUCCAAUUAACCAGGGGGAGUGUAAUUUCAACCAGUGCUUUUGUUACUCUUCUGUGAAGAUGAUCAUUUAUUGUUCCGUCUGUUAAAACUUUUAAUAUUUUUUACCAUGUUAUCACAAGAGGACACAGAUGUUACCAUGUAUUCAAUAGUUUUGAAUAGAGUUGCUCUGUAUUGAUUGCAAAGUAUUGUAUUUUGCAAUAACUCAGUAAAUCAACCCAUGUCACCUGUG